AUGAAGUUCAGCCAGUUUGCGGGAAUGAUGCCAAUGUGCUUCUUAGCAUGUUUCGGAUCUGUUCACUCAGUCCCUGUCGCUGACAAUCCAAGUUGCCUACUCUAUACUACCACCACAGAGCUUGAUGGGGAUGGCAGCCCCCAUGAUACGUUCCGUCACCAGCAGCUAACUGAAGUUAUAUCAUGCGGUUCCGGUGAAUGUGAGGUUGGCAAAGAAGAAUCGACAUCGUAUUCCGUUGGCUUCACCCUUGCAGCGGAUGCACCUCCUGGAUUGGAGUGGAUUAGUGGUGGUUUCGAGGUAUCCAAAACUUGGACAUCAGGGACUACUUAUUCAUGCACUGGUCAACCUGGCGAUAAGGUUUGCGUGUGGUAUAAUGCCGCCUAUACGUCUUACUCUGUCCGAGAAGUGCAACAUGGCAGAUGCGGAGGAACUAUCCGCAGCGACCCCUUUGUUAUGAACAGCCCUAAAACAAAUAACAAUGGUGGUGGCUUCUAUUGCGUAUUUGGCGAUAGUUGCCGGUCUAAGAAUGAUGAGUACUGGGAAUAG